AUAAAAGUCUGUAGGCUAAGGACAGCAACAUGCAUUCCACCGCAAACAUUCAGCAGUGAAACACACACUGGAUUUUAGUGCCACACAAAAAACUAUCGAGAGAAUCUUUAAUAAAUUUCGUAACAAAAUGUCCAUCCAAGUGUCGGAAAUGUCUAAGACUUAUCAAUACCGCAAAGUGAUGAAGCCAAUGCUGGAGCGUAAGCGGCGCGCACGCAUCAAUAAGUGUCUCGAUGAGCUGAAGGAUUUAAUGGUCGUCACCUUGGAGUCGGAGGGCGAACAUGUGACCCGGCUGGAGAAGGCCGAUAUACUUGAGUUGACCGUGUCACAUUUGCAGAAAUUGAAGCAACAACGCAAGGCUGCCGCCUCUAAGGGUGGCGCUAUGUCACAAGCUGAAGGCUUCCGUUCCGGUUAUAUACAUGCCGUUAACGAGGUAUCACGCUCACUCUCUCAGCUACCCGAUGUGAAUGUGCAUCUUGGCACACAACUAAUGACACAUCUUGGCCAGCGUUUGAAUCAAUUGCAACCCGCCGUACAGCCACCAACACCCAUCAACGCACCACUAUCAGUACACAUUACUGGCAGCGCCAGCCGCGCACACUACUCCGUGCCCAUUUCGCCCGUAUCCAGCUACAAUGGCAGUCCCAAUUCGAGCGUCUGCAGUGAGAAGCUUAGCAACAGUUGUAUGAGCCAAAGUCUACUGACCACCUACAGUGAGCAUUCGCCUAUCGAUGCACGCGUCGCUACCAAUGUAGAACAAGCUGAGGAGGAGGAUGUCUGGCGUCCAUGGUAGGCUGUUGAAAGCCAAGCCAAGUCUAGCAGCGCCCGCAUAAUUUCUUAAUAUAAAACAAUUUUAUACUCAGUGAUAAAGUCUUCCAGAUGUGCAGCCCCUAGCCGGAAUCUGCCGUCAAUUACCGUUAAAUAUAAAGCUUUAAAGUAGAGAAGAGGCAUUUGUUAUUGGCCACGUUUGCAACGCCAUUAACGAAUCUAAUUCAUCGAUGUGAUUACCACACAAUUGUUAAACAUUGUCAUUAAGUUUAUUACAUUAUAGUUGAAUUAGAGAAAAUUUUUUAAAAAUUUAGCUUAAGUAAAUUUUAAAAAUAUACAAUAAUAAGAAAUGA